AUGGCCCUCCGCGUCCUUGUCAUCGGCAGCGGCGGACGAGAACACGCCCUUGCCUGGCGUCUUGCGCGCUCUAACACCGUCGAGCGUAUCUUCGUCUGCCCCGGAAACGGAGGCACUGCGCACGAAGCCAAGACAACCAACAUCGACCUUCCUGCAUCAGCCUUUCCAGCACUUGUCGACUUUGCUGUCAAGAACGAUGUGUCGCUUGUGCUCCCAGGGCCGGAACAGCCGUUGGUCGAUGGCAUCGAGACCUAUUUUCGCAAAGUUGGCAUCCCGGUGUUUGGCCCCAGUGCGCUCGCUGCCCGCAUGGAGGGAUCAAAGGCAUUCUCCAAGGCGUUUAUGGACAGGCACGCGAUUCCCACCGCCAAAUUCAAAGUGUUCAGCGCAUCUCAAGUCGACGAGGCUAUUCAAUAUGUCAAGACAUGCGGCUUCAAAACUGUCCUCAAGGCCAGCGGGCUGGCCGCGGGGAAAGGUGUACUGAUUCCAGAGACGGUCGAGGAGGCCGUCGUUGGUUUGCGGGAAAUGAUGGUCGAGAACGUGUUCGGAGCAGCAGGCAGCGAGGUUGUCAUUGAGGAGCUCUUGACGGGACCUGAGGUCUCCGUGCUCGCGUUCGCGGAUGGGUACACAAUCGUUCCCCUCCCCGCUGCGCAGGACCACAAGCGCAUCGGAGAAGGUGACACAGGACCCAACACAGGCGGCAUGGGCGCAUAUGCCCCCGCACCAGUCGCCACUCCAGCGAUUAUGGACCAGAUCAUGCGGGAAGUGCUUCAGCCUACGAUUUCUGGGAUGCGCAAGGAGGGCUUCCCUUUCGUCGGAAUGCUGUUCACAGGUCUCAUGCUCACGCCGUCUGGGCCUAAGGUGCUCGAGUACAACAUCCGCUUCGGCGACCCGGAGACGGAGGCGCUGGUGCUCCUGCUCAGCGACGACACCGACCUCGCCGCCAUUCUCUUUGCUUGUGUGGAACGUCGUCUCGACGCGGUGCACGUGCAGACGCGCUCCGGGUUCGGGGUCUCCGUGGUGCUCGCUUCGCAGGGAUAUCCAGGGAGCUACGCGAAGGGCAAGCGAAUCAUCGUCAGUGAUCUACCCACAGGCGUUGUUGCUUUCCAAGCCGGGACGGCGCUCAAGGGUGAUGACAUCGUUACCUCGGGUGGCCGAGUGGCCGCAGUAUCUGCGUAUGCGCCGACACUCCGCGAAGCGCUGGAUCUUGCUUAUGCGGGCGCGGAUAAAGUGUCGUUUGAGGGCAAAGUGUACCGACGAGACAUUGCAUAUCGAGCGCUAUCGACAGAGACGUCUGGUGGACCCGGCUUGACGUAUGCGCUGGCUGGUGUCUCCGUCGAUGCAGGCAACUCGCUCGUGGAAGCUAUCAAGCCUCUCGUUCGUUCUACCCGCCGUUCAGGUGCCGACGCCGAGAUCGGCGGAUUUGGCGGCGUGUUUGACCUCAAAGCGGUGGGAUAUACCGAUCCUGUGCUGGUGAGUGGCACCGAUGGUGUCGGAACCAAAUUGCGCAUCGCCAUGGAUGCCGGUGUACACGAAUUUGUCGGCGUUGACCUGGUUGCCAUGUCCGUGAAUGACCUGCUCGUUCAGGGCGCCGAGCCUCUUUACUUCCUGGACUACUACGCAUGUAGCAAACUUGACGUCCCUGUUGCGACUGAGGUUAUCAAGGGCAUUGCGGAGGGCUGCAGGCAAGCUGGUUGUGCAGUGAUCGGCGGCGAGACAGCUGAGAUGCCCGGCAUGUACCAGGAAGGUGACUACGACCUCGCUGGUUUCGCAGUUGGCGCCGUUGAACGGAACCUCAUUCUCCCCCAAUCCGGCAUCGCCGCCGGAGACGUCUUACUUGGCGUUCCCUCUUCCGGUAUUCACUCUAACGGCUUCUCCCUCGUCCGAAAAAUUGUCGCCCUCUCAGGGCUUUCCUACUCAAGCCCCUGCCCAUGGGAUGAGCAUAUCACGCUUGGGCGCGCCCUCCUCGAGCCGACAAAAAUUUACGUCAGGUCGCUGCUACCGGCGGCGCAGGCGGGCCUUAUCAAGGGGAUGUCGCACAUCACUGGUGGCGGAUUUAUCGAGAACGUCCCGAGAGUAUUGCCAAAGGGCCUCGGAUGCUACAUCGAUGCAUCAUCAUGGGAUCUGCCACCAGUCUUCCGCUUCUUGAUGAAGCACGGCGGGGUUGAGCCGCUGGAAAUGGCUCGCACUUUCAACAACGGCAUUGGUAUGGUGCUCAUUGUGGAUGCCGGUAAUGUCAACCGGGUCAUCCAAGCACUCAAUGACGCUGGAGAAACUAGGAUAUUCAGGAUGGGGGAGGUGACGGGCCAGAGCGGCGUUGAGAUGCGCAAUCUAGGUGCUUGGAGACCGUGA